AUGAAAAAAAAAAGAGAAAUUCAGUACAACGACAAACGUAAUGGAAUAAUUCAACGUCUGAAGGAUGUAUUAUCGGGUACAGGACAACGAAUUUUGGUGCCUGUAGGAUCUUCAAGAACUGGUUUGGCCACUAAAGCAUCUGAUAUUGAUUUGGUUCUUAUAACUUCUUCAGAUCCUAUCAAAAGAAUAGAUAUUAUCAAAUCGUUCGUUGACGCUUCUUUUAGAAGGUUUCCCUUUUUCUUAAAUAUCUUGAUGAACUGCAGAUCAGUUGAGAUGUAUUUGCAAAGCACUCUUAAAGUGCUUCAGUCUUCUUCUUUAAAACGAGAAUUUGAUUGGAAAAAAGCUCUUGUACUGCAUAACGCUUCUGUACCUAUCUUGCAUUUAGAAACUAAUUCUGGUUUUCGUAUUGAUAUUCAAUUCGAUCAAGAAUGUUCUAUAAGAAAUACACUUUUCCUUCGAUAUUGUGUCAAGGAAGAUCUUCGAGUUGAAAUGCUCAAUUUAUGGGCGCAAAGUUUCUUGAAGCUUAUGGGAUUGAAAAAUAGUAGAAUUGGAUUAUUCUCCAGUUACCAUAUUGCUAUGAUCGUUAUUUAUUUUCUGCAACAUAUCGGCAUUGGUCAGAAAAAUCCUAUUCUUCCAUUAGUAUAUGAUGUUUAUAACGAUCAUCUCAAUAAUCUAAUUCCCAUUGAGAAUAUCAUAGCUGAAAUUGAUAAUAUUCAGAGGUAUGAAAGGCCAGCAUUGCAGAAAAUUGGAGUCUAUCCUGAAUUCCCGGAGCUGCUGAUUAGCUUUAUUGAUUAUUUUUCGUCAAUUGAUUUAAAUUCUAUAUCUUUAUCAGUGAAAACUGAUGGAAAAUUACCAGACACUUUAAUACUUAUAUUACCUUCGCUUUAUGGUUUUGCUCAGCAAUCUUUUUUUUACAGGUCUGAUUGCGAUGAAUUUCGGAAUAUUUUAUGGAUAAAUGAUCCAUAUUCCAUUGAAACUAUAUGUCGAGUGACAAAUGGUGCAGAUUUAUUAAUGAAUGCUUUCAAAUCAAUAAAACAACAAUUUAUUGUCGGUCGAGGUCUUUCAUGGCCAAUAAAAGUGAAAAAUCUUCAUGAAUCUUGCAUUUCGCGCGAUAAUAAAUAA